AUGGCAGCCGUCUGUGCCUCGAUGGGCUCUCAGAAGUAUGGCUGCGGCGUUCUUCCGUAUGUCACCACAGACGUACUGUGGGACCGUUUUGUUUCCCAUGACAACCUGACCAUACACUUCCCAAAGGCAUUUUAUGCGGCCCUUUCCAUAUCUUCACAUUCACCAAUCACCAGAAACACGAAAAUUAAUGCUGCAAAUAAGGCAAAAACCAGUAUGGCAGGUGCAAAGCACAUGCCUAUGGCCACUGCUGCAGCCUGCAAGCCUGUGAGGCCGAGAACAGUGCUUGGAGACACUGGAAACAAAGUCGGUGAGCAGGUCAAAAGGCCUCUGAAAAAGGAAGCAAAAACUUCAGCUACUGGAAAAGUUACCGCUAACAAACUUUCAAAACCCCUACAGAAGGUGCCUGAGCCUGAGCCUGAGCCAGAAGAAGCAAAAACUUCAGCUACUGGAAAAGUUACCGCUAACAAACUUUCAAAACUUUCAAAGAAGGUGCCUGAGCCUGAGCCUGAGCCAGAACCAGAGCCAGAGCCAGAGCCUGUGAAAGAAAAUCCUUCGCCUUCACCUAUUCUGGUUGAUCCUUCUUCUCCAAGCCGAAUGGAAACAUCUGGAUGUGCUCCUGCAGAAGGCUAUCUAUGUCAGGCUUUCUCUGGCUUAAUUCUCACAGUGAGUGAUGUGGAUGCAGAACAUGGAGUUGAUCCAAACCUUUGCAGUGUGUAUGUAAAAGAUAUCUAUGUUUAUCUGAGACAUCUCAAGGAAGACCAAAAUAUCUAUUGGAAUAGUUGUGUGCCCAAAAAGAUGCUGCAGCUGGUUGGUGUCACUGCCAUGUUUAUUACAAGCAAAUAUGAGGAAAUGUACCCCCCAGAAAUUGGUGACUUUGCUUUUGUGACUAGCAAUACUUACACUACGCAUCAAAUCAGACAGAUGGAAAUGAAGGUUCUAACAGCUUUAAACUUUGGUCUGGGUCGUCCUCUACCCCUGCACUUUCUUUGGCAGGCAUCUAAAGUUGGAGAGGUCGAUGUCAAACAACAUACUCUGGCCAAGUACCUGAUGGAAUUAACCAUGUUCGACUACGAUAUGGUGCAUUUUCCUCCUUCUCAAAUUGCAGCAGGAGCUUUUUGCUUAGCCCUGAAAGUUCUUGAUAAUGGUGAAUGGACACCAACUCUUCAGCAUUACCUGUCUUUCACUGAAGAAUCACUUCUUCCUGUUAUGCAGCACCUAGCUAAGAAGAUAGUCAUGGUGAAUUGUGGGCUUACAAAGCACAUGACCAUCAAGAAUAAGUAUGCGACAUCUAAGCAUGCUAAGAUCGGCAUUCUAGCACAGAUGAAUUCUGCACUAGUUCAAGAUUUAGCCAAGGCUGUAGAAAGGUGUAACUUGUAAACUUGAGUCAGAGUAUUAUACCUGCAAAUAAUUGGCACCACGUGCCAUCUGUACAUAUUAUGUUACAUUUACUUUUAAUAAAGUGUG